UCCACGCAGGCAUUCGAGCUGUCCAUGCUGCUCGGUGAACCGGGAGCUUACAUCACAGAAGGAUAUCGCACACUUGGAACCGGAGUUGGUGAAUGAAACGCGCAGACUGAUCCAGUUUGCUUGAAGCUCAGCUGAUUCUUUCUCUUCUUCGUCAUCAUCCUCAUCAGUGUGUGUGUGUAAAGAUGCCGCCAGCGACAGGAGGGCCGGUAGGCUACACUCCUCCCGAGGGCGGCUGGGGCUGGGCAGUGGUAGUAGGGGCCUUUAUCAGCAUUGGCUUCUCCUAUGCCUUCCCCAAAUCCAUUACGGUGUUCUUCAAAGAGAUCGAGGUGAUUUUCGAUGCCACCAGCAGCCAAGUGUCAUGGAUCUCAUCAAUCAUGCUGGCUGUCAUGUAUGCGGGAGGACCAAUCAGCAGUAUUCUGGUGAAUAAAUAUGGUAGUCGACCCAUCAUGAUUGCUGGAGGGGUUCUGUCUGGCACAGGAUUAGUCGCCGCAUCCUUCUGUAACACAGUAGAGGGUCUUUACUUCUGUGUGGGAGUUAUAGGCGGACUGGGUUUGGCUUUUAAUCUGAAUCCAGCGUUGACCAUGAUUGGCAAAUACUUUUACAAGCGGCGGCCAAUAGCUAAUGGCAUCGCGAUGGCGGGCAGCCCGGUGUUCUUGUCCACCCUGGCCCCGUUGAACAGCUGGCUGUUUGAUUAUUACGGGUGGAGGGGCAGUUUCCUCAUCCUGGGAGGAGCUUUGCUAAACUGCUGUGUUGCGGGGUCACUAAUGCGACCCAUUGGACCAAAACCACAACCUGCCAUCCCAAAAGAGGAUGGCGAACCCAAACGUCAAGAGAAAAAAACAUGCCUUCAGACCGUCAACAGCUUUCUGGAUCUGACCCUGUUUACCCACCGAGGCUUCUUGCUGUACCUGCUCGGAAACGUCAUCAUGUUUUUCGGCCUCUUCGCACCCCUUGUGUUCCUCAGUAACUACGCGAAGAGUAAAGACAUUUCCAAGGAUAAGGCUGCGUUCUUGCUGUCCAUCUUGGCCUUCACUGACAUGAUUGCUCGGCCGUCCAUGGGCCUGCUGGCCAACACACGCUGGGUCCGUCCACGCAUCCAGUACUUCUUCGCAGCAUCUGUGCUGUAUAAUGGCAUCUGCCACUUGAUGGCGCCAUUCUCCACCGAUUACUUGGGUUUUGCCAUUUAUGCAGUGUUUUUCGGUGUGGCGUUCGGCUGGCUCAGUUCUGUGCUGUUUGAGACUCUCAUGGACCUGGUGGGCGCUCAGAGAUUCUCCAGUGCUGUCGGGUUGGUCACCAUCGUGGAGUGUGGACCUGUGCUGCUGGGGCCGCCGUUACUGGGAAGACUCAAUGAUAUCUACGAUGAUUAUAGAUACACAUAUCAGGGUUGUGGAGCCGUCCUGGUGGUCGCCAGCGCAUUCCUGUUCGUGGGAAUGGGAAUCAACUACCGGCUAUUGGACAAAGAGAAGAGGGAGGAGGAGAGAAGAGCUAGGGAGGAAGAGAAAGAUGAAGAAACAAGUAUAGACAAUGCCCUGAACGAGAAGGCAAAGGAGGCGGAUGGAGACGAAUGUUAUGCAUGAGCGGACGUUGCCAAACGGAAAAGGACACUAUAAACUGCACUCACAUGCCAACAAUCCAUGUCUUCCCAUUCUGACAGUCCAAAAUGAUAAACACAGAAAAGAAAUGUUCCCUCUAAAGCGUUACUUAAUGAUUCAGGCAAUGUUUCGAAAAGCACAAAAAGACUGUUGCCAAGAAAGUCUUUUUUAUGCAAUCCCACACACCCCUCAAAUGUUACUUUCAUUCUCCCAACAUUCAAAUGGGAGUCUCUCUGUACCUUAAUGACCCAAUUCACCUUUUUCUGGUAUAUUACAAACAUUAUGAGAGCAUUCCUAGUUUGAGACUCCAGAAUUACACAGUUCAUCUGCUUUUAAAUGAAACUUCAAAAUGCACAUUUCAAAAUAGAGCAGAUUUUCAUAAGAGAAUUGCCUUGUCAUUUUAAGGUGACGUGCGCACAGGAUUUGUCAGAUCAAGACAUGGGAGAAGGAUAUCUAUCAUAGGAAUAGUAUUUUGGACUAAAGGUCAUUAUUACAUGUAGGAUACACUUUUUUUUCUUUUUUUUAAGUUGAGUGUGAAGUUUUUAUGUAUCUGUAUUGUAGUCUUCCCUGUUCUUAUUGGCUGGUUGAAAAUAGUGCCAGGC